GAGUACGUGCGCGUACUCGUAUUCUUUGUGUGGCAGCAUAGAGAAGCGCCAAAAGAGUGACCAUGGCUGAUGAAAAACCAAAGGAAGCAGUCAAGACAGAAAACAAUGAACACAUAAACCUGAAGGUAGCAGGUCAGGAUGGGUCUGUAGUGCAGUUUAAGAUCAAAAGACACACGCCACUCAUCAAACUCAUGAAGGCCUACUGCGAGAGACAGGGAUUGUCAAUGAGGCAAAUCAGGUUCAGAUUUGAUGGCCAGCCGAUAAAUGAGACAGACACACCAGCACAGUUGGAAAUGGAAGAUGAAGACACAAUCGAUGUAUUUCAACAACAGACGGGAGGCCUGAUGUAACCAACCACAUCUGGCACAUUUUCCCUCCUCAACACAACCACCCUUCCCGGCCUGGGUUCAGCAGCGACUUCUUCUUUGCAACGUGUCAACGAAUUCCACUAGUUUUAUUUCUCUGCCCCACAUAACUGCUGUACAGUAUGUUCAUUCUUGCUCCUGUUACUUCUGUUUUUGUACAUAAACCACACCCAGAUCACCCUGAGUUCCGGUUUUGUAAUAUUAAUGAUGUUUCUACACUUGCAGACCGAUAGAUCUAUUAAUAGAGGGAGGAUUAGGUAAGCUGACUUUACUGGUUGUUGGGCUAGGUUCGCUCAGUUUGCUCUUGUUCUGUUUGAGGACUGGCCAUCACAUAAUGAACAGUAUAACUGAGUUCAGGAAUUGGGCUGGGUUUUUCUUUUGUUUCUGUCCACUUCAGAAAAAAAAGAUUUGAUUUUAUACAUUUUUAUAUAGUAGCUGAUGUGUAGAGAAAUGUUUUGGUGAUCAUUUGACUAGGCCAUGCUUCAAGUUUUGGAAAGCCUGAAGAGAUGUUUCGGUUAAAUAAACAUCUGUCUUGUCUAUUAAGAUGCUGGUUAAAAUAAAUCUAUUGUCUUUUUUUUUCCCAA